ACUUAGCAACUAGGUAGUAGGUACUUACAAGUUACAACUUUAUGUAGUUACAUACUUGGUAAAUUGUAGCUCGUUUGUACUUAAUGUUGCUUGUAACGUAAAACUUUUCGUGUUCUUCAUUUAAAAAUCAUACAUAUUCAAAACAAGUAAAAUUAGAGGACUAAUUUUUGAUUUUACCUUACUAUUCCUGAAGUCAAAUAACUUAACCAUUCUACCGAUUUACAAUUGUUAUUAGUCUUCUAUCAUGGUUCUUGUAACAAGCACAUGUCUGGAUGAAGCAAUCUUAAAAGAUGUACACAUUGUGAAACAUAGUGUAGAACAUCAAGUUAAAGUAAUACUUGAUAAAUAUAAAGUACAAGAAAAAGAAAACUUCAAGAAAUGGCUUAUAAAAGCUGUUACUCUCAUAGAUCUUACUACAUUGUCAGGUGAUGACACUCAUUCAAAUGUCACAAGGCUUUGUGUAAAGGCUGCCAAACCAUUACAGGAACAUGGUAACAAAAUAAAAACUGCUGCUGUGUGUGUUUACCCUAAUCGUGUAUAUGAUGCAUAUGAGACUCUGAAACGUAUGAAACUGAACAAUGAAAUCAAUAUAGCAUCAGUUGCAACCGGAUUUCCAUCUGGCUUAUAUCCAUUAUGCUCAAGACUUCAAGAAAUUUCAUUUGCUAUUUCAAAGGGUGCAAAUGAAAUUGAUGUUGUAUUAGAUAGAAGCUUAGUUCUAGGAGGGAAAUGGGACAUGUUGUACAAUGAAGUGUUAGAAAUGAGAAAUGCUUGCGGUAAAGCACACUUAAAAGUUAUACUUGGUGUUGGAGAACUAGGGACAUAUGAAAAUGUGUACAUGGCUUCAAUGGUGUCUAUGUUAGCUGGAGCGGACUUUAUUAAAACAUCAACUGGCAAAGAAGCUGUCAAUGCUACUCUGCCUGUCGGCCUUGUUAUGUGCAGAGCAAUCCAAGAUUACUACCAGAUGAAAGGCAGAAAGGUGGGACUGAAGCCAGCGGGUGGAAUUAAAACAGCAAGAGAUGCUGUCAACUGGUUAAUACUGAUUAAAUCACAACUAGGAGAUGAAUGGCUCACACCGAAACUCUUCAGAAUCGGAGCCUCAAGUCUACUAGGAGUUAUUGAAAAAGAACUGGAAUCUUAAUACUCUUUGUCUGCUAUUUUGUUUUUUAUUGUUUUUUUUUAUCAAGUUUUGUAAUUUUAAUUAAUAUUUUUAUAAUUGGGUAGUAAGUAGUUGUUAUGUUAUUAUUGUUGAAUUUUCAUGGAUAAUUUUAUGUUUAUGUCAAACAUUUGAUGCCCUCGGUGCCAUAUACUUAAUACUACUCACUUACUGAAUGUGUAAGAGUGUAGACUAAGUUUAAAAUUAUGGUUAGGUACAUCAAAGUGUUAAAUAAAUUCUCAAUAUUCGUAAUUCCCAUUUUAGUGAUUGCUUUGCGACAACAUAUCAUUUUGAUUGUCGUUGCUUCUAAUAAGCGUAAACUGCAUAUACAUUAUUAUAUUAACAUCACAAGAAAAAACUGUCACUAUGAUUCUCGUAAGUAUGAGAGAAAGGGUAUACGGUAGAUAUAUACGACAUAUCCGCCGCGGGCAUUGAGGUUUUGAAAUUAGUGUAGUCAUUUACUUUUUUGGAUCUGACACCUUAUUAUGAUUACAAAUAUCUAUGUAUAACUAGCUGACCCGGCAAACGUUGUUGUGCCAUAUAAAUUGUAUUUAUCUUUUCCUUGCUAGUUGAUAAGAGAUGGCGCUAGUUGUAUUCAUUAGUAACAAUCACACUUCUUUUAUAUUUUGUAUAAUUCACACUAUAGUUUUAUAAAUUAUAGCCUAUUUUGUUAUUCUGGUAUGUAAGCUAUAUUAUUGUAAAGUUUCAUUCAAAAUCUUUUCAGUAGAUUUUGCGUUAAAGAAGUUCAAACAUACAUCCAGACAUACAAACUUUCACAUUUAUAAUAUUAGUAGGAUUAUUAUAUUAUACAGUUAUUAAUAAGUAAAACAUUCCUCAUUACUAUCAAAAUGAUAAUUAAUUCUAAAAGAUAAUUUUAUAUAUUUACAUUACUUACUUAUUUCUACAUUCCGAUGUUAAACCGUCUACUGAUAUAGUUUAUAAAUAAACACUUUCUUCUCACUCCUUAAUGAUAGAAAUAAAAAACAAAUUAUUGACAAUAAUUUAAUCAUGUUCUGAAUCACAAAUACUAAAAUACAAUUAAUAAGGUUUAACAUAUCCUUAACUAAUUUUUGUGCCAUUUUUUAAUAUUGAUAAAUAAUUAUAGUUUUAUAGAUUUUUUUUAUUAAAUUAGGGAAUUACUAUUUAAACCAAAGAAGGUUCUAGAUCGUGAUUAGAUUUGUGAAGAAUUAUAUUUUAACGUAAUA